ACUGCGUUUGCCCCUUGAGGCGUCGUUUCUACUCAAAUUGUACUGACAAUUCAACAAAAAUAGUGUUUUUGACGCAUAAUUUCUUAAUACAAUCAUUAGAUGUUCAUGUGAUAAGUCAUUCUUGGAUCAACCAAUCAGGCAUUUGUAUUUCUGGUUAACAAAUGUGUGUCAGCUCAGAGCUUUGUUUCGUCAAGACGGUCUAAUGACCAACGUAUUUCCUGACUUAAGAUCAAGAAUCAAGUUACUUGACUACGAUUUAAGGAUAAUCUUUUGCAAGCAACACAUGUCAUCAUAGACGUUUAGACGGAAAAGUUUAUGCGUGAAAAUUGGUCGUCUUAAAGAGGAAUACUACUGAGGUGUAGAAAAUUUCUGAACGCUUAAUAAGGGGCUCGCGGAAACCAUGCCGAACGCCACCAGCAAUAUUGAGUAUCAAUACAGCGAUUCGUUCACUUAUGGAACUUUAAUUUGUUUGGGUCUAGCAGCAGCUGUAGGAUUUUUAGGUAACCUUCUUCUGGUCAUUAUAAUCUCCAAAGCUCGUAAGCUACGAUCGGUGAUGAAUCGAUUUAUCCUUCACCUCGCCAUCGGUGAUCUUAUUGUUUGUUCAAUUUGCAUACCAUUGUUUUUGGCUCUUAACUUUUAUCCCGAGAAAAGCAACCACGUGGUUGUGUGUAAAAUAGCACGAUUCCUGCAGUAUCUCGCACCGAUAGGGACGAUUAUGCUUCUGAUAACAAUUGGAAUCAACCGACAUCAGGCCAUUGUGCACCCUCUUCGCGGAAUGACUUAUCGGACAGCGAACAAGUUGAUCUUUGGGGCGUGGUUAUACUCCGUGGUUGUGGUUUCCCCAAGUGUAUACCUUACGAAUAUACAACAUUACCCGAUACCACACUUAAACAAAACUGGGUCUUACUGCGCCACUAUACCUGUAUCUACCAAACUAGGACUAAUCUAUGUGGUAGGACUUGCGUUCUUUGGCUACGUGAUUCCGUUGAUAACAUUACUUGUACUGUACACUAAAAUAUCGUUUUCGGUAUGGAGGCGAGGGGAUAAGCUAAGAACAUCCCGUCCCGAAGCUUCUAUGCAAAGAUCCAGAAAGAAAGUCAUCAAGAUGUUUUUAACUGUCAUCUUGGUGUUUGUGGCYACGUGGUUACCGYUGAUAAUAUAUGUAGGRGUGCUGGAGUCGUUACUUGGAGGUCCUAAACGAAUUAGCUACGCACGCUUGACACUGUACGCAAUUGGUCUUUCAAACUCGAUCUACAACCCUUUUAUCUACUCGUUCUUUAAUAAGAGAUUUAGAGAUGGAUGCAAGUCGCUUUUUAAAGGCUCUGUUAAAGUCGUGUCUAGAAAGUCAGCAGAGAGAAGAGAAGCCGUGCGGGAAAGGAAAAAAGAGUCAUACGUUCUACAAACGGGGGACGCAGACGGCUCCUCCCAACCCCCCGAAAACCAGCUCGAUUGGACGAAGAAAUUCAGAGCCAAUGCAGUCCGUGAACACAAUGAUAACGCUUACGAGUCGAAAGAUAAUUGUAAACUCUUGACAAUAAAUGAGAUAAAUAUCACCGAAGAGCAAUUUAACUCCUCCGACAAAACCAUCGAAAAUGCAGAUCAAAACCUCUCAAGUACUGCAAGGCAAACGUCUACAAAAAAGGAGUCACUAGCUUCAGAGUUUAAAAAUGGUUAUGAAACACCAAACGGGAAAACGCAAAGUUUUCCAAGACAAUUAAGCUCUUAUGGAAGAAAAAGGAAAAAAGCUUAUAAAACUUUAAGUAUUGAUUCUACUUUGAUGAAACAACGAAAAAAGUCACAAGAAAAACUAAGAAAAACAGUCAGCCACGACGAGACAGUCCAAUGGAACAAUGAUUUUGAAAAUAUCUUUUAGAAGGCUUUGGAUUGAUUUGGAUUGAGUUUCCGCCAUGAUGAAAUGCUUACUGAUUUUGACAGUAAAAAAAAAGACCCACUUGGAUCCGAGAUCCUUUGCGAUCAUCGUUUGUUUUAAAAAUGGUCUGUCUUUGAAAGUUGUUUUCUGAUUGGYUCAAAAUUAAAGAUGACGAUUUUUCGGAUGCGAAUCACGCAAAGAUUCCCGGAUGCACGAUGUGGCAGAAGAAACAUGYCGACUAAAAGCACUUGUUGGGCCUAACGUCGUACUUAACACAUGUCGAAGUCAAUUCUUUCAAUUUAACAUACGUAUAAAGUACGCCGUUUAAUUAAUGCUGUUCGAUGGACGGAUAAUUUGAUACGUGUGUGGCUAUUAAGUAGACUCUGAGGCGUACCACACAUGAACGUUUUCAAUUCAUUAUUGAUAAGAAGAGUUUUUGGAUCGAUGCAUUUAGCACAAGGUUGCCUGCUAAACUUAACUAUUUGCGUCAAUCUAAUUUGAUUUUUUUUUAAGUACGACGCUAGUAAUUAAUUAAAACGUUUGUUAAACCCUGAGUACAGUUAUGUCUGCAAGAAUACAAAACCUUUACCAAUGAAUUUCAUUUUACAACCAUUUAUCCUGUAAUAUACAUUUAUUUCCAAUAAAUAUACUCUUUAGAACCGCUA